GUGUUUGAUGGUUGGAUGAAAGUCUGUUUAGAAGAAAAGCUCAGAGAAAAAUAUUUUCAGAGACCUGGUGUGUCUGAGUUUCCUACCCCAACAAAUUAGUCUAAACUUGCUCUUUCCACUCCUGCCACCGUAAAUAGACACGGCCCCCACAACAUAAUUCAGAGCAGGUAAAACCUGCAGCUCGUGCUUGAUAUGGCAGCGUAAUGAUGGCUUCAUAUUUCCCUCCGUCUUUCCAGCAUCAGCAUGGCCGAAAUCAAUAAGGCAGCAGAAGAUCGCGCUUUUGUCUGAUGGAAACAACGCGCUUUUUUUUAAUGAUGGAAAGUGAGAAAUGAGGAGAAAUACCGCAAGGGACAAGUUAUUUUAGCUGGCGUGGACUUGGCUCCGGAGUCUGAGGCUGUGUGGACUUAUCCUCCUGCGCAGGAGCAUUGCUCCUAACAGAGAGGGAGAUGCACGCAGUGAUACGGAGACACAGCCGGGGAUGCACCGGCCAAAAGUGAGGCGGGAAGUCCGGGAUUUUUCCUGUUUGGCUUCCCCCUCAUCCUCUAGCAUCGUUUUUCAGAAGAAAAUAAACAAACGGACUUUUUUAUUCCUUCAUGCUCUGCGUUUCCAGGCGUCAGCUUGAGAUUUAAGGACGCUUUAUCUACCUUUUUUCUUUUUCGAAACUUGCUGCAGCUCCAUUUGUCGUGUUUCUAUUAUUAUUGUAGUCAUUUUCUUUCUCUCUGGUUUAGAUCGUGUCUGGGAGCUCACUGAAGAUUCAAGGAUGUUUCAGAAAUAGCAAUAACAAGACAACUCCUGCGGAUUCGUCUGCAGCCUCCUAAAGUCUGGGAGUUUGGAAGAUUUCGGGACUCAUCUUUGAUCUUUUUUCAUGAAACGCAAUCUUCUUUUCAGUUUGUGGAUCUAGAGGCUGGCGGCGCUUUAGUUCAGAGCGCACUUGUCUGACUCAACGAUGCGCUCCGGUGGAAAAUACUGCGUGCUUCUGCUCCUGCUUCAAAGUGUCCUGCCGGACUCAGGAGUCUCCAACCAAGUGGUUCUGUUGGACACCACGACGGCACUAGGAGAGCUGGACUGGAAGACCUACCCAGUCAAUGGGUGUGAGCCAGACAAGAGACAAGACCUUUGGGUCCUAUUAUAAAAAAAGAAACAUGCCAGAGUGGGAUGCCAUCACAGAGAUGGACGAGCAGAACCGACCUAUUCACACCUUCCAGGUUUGCCACGUGAUGGAGCCCAACCAGAACAACUGGCUGCGUUCCGGAUGGAUCCAGAGACAAGCUGCACAGCGGGUAUAUGUAGAGCUGCGAUUCACCUUGAGAGACUGCAACUCAAUUCCCUGGGUCUCUGGCACUUGCAAGGAAACCUUCAACCUCUUUUACCUGCAGACAGAUGAUCCUCUUCCUGCAGCAACGCGAUUUCGGCCAAUUGACUACGCCAAGGUGGACACCAUAGCAGCAGAUGAAAGCUUCACACAGACGGACCUUGGAGACAGAGUUCUCCGCCUAAAUACCGAGGUCAGGGAGGUGGGACCAGUGACACAGAAGGGCUUCUACUUGGCCUUUCAGGACGUGGGAGCUUGCAUCGCUCUCGUGUCCGUCAAGGUGUUCUACAAGCGCUGCCCGUCCACUUUAAGGAACUUGGCAGCUUUUCCUGAAACAGUGCCACACAUGGAUUCAUCCUCAUUGGUAGAGGUGAGGGGAGCCUGUGUGGAGAACGCAGAAGAGAGGGACACACCAAAACUGUACUGUGGUGCUGAUGGAGACUGGCUGGUGCCGCUGGGCCGCUGCAUCUGCAGCAUCGGCCACGAGGAGAUGGAUGGCCACUGCCGAGCUUGUAAGGCUGGCUUUUUCAAAGCGAAUGCUGGGAACGUCAAAUGCUCCAAGUGUCCUCUGCGUAGCUCCAGCCACGACCAGGCGGCCACCAUCUGCCACUGCGAUAAAGGCUUCUACAGAGCCAUCAAAGACCCUCCAACGAUGGCCUGUACACGGCCUCCAUCGGCUCCCAGGAACCUGGUCUCACUGAUCAAUGACACCGCUCUCUUCUUACAAUGGACCCCUCCCGCUAACACAGGAGGAAGAAACGACAUCACCUACAACAUUCUGUGCCAAAGGUGUGAUGGAGGCGACAGCGGUGAAACACAAUGUGAGCCAUGUGAGCCAGACCUGCACUUCAUCCCUCGCCCACUUGGUAUAACCGGCACCUCUGUGGCGGUGCUGGAUUUUGCGAUGCACGCAAACUACACCUUCCACGUGGAAGCGGUGAAUGGUGUCUCAGAGCUGGGUGUGGCUGCGCGCUCGCUAGCAAACAUUACCGUCAACACACACCAAGCUGGCGUUUUAGGUCCAGCCUUUUUGGGUAUAGUGAAGAAAGACUGGGCCACCUACAACAGCAUCGCCCUCUCCUGGUCAGAAGUGCAACAGCCACAUUCAGACAUAGUGGACUAUGAAGUCAAAUACUAUGAGAAGGAGCAAGAGCAGCUGAGCUACUCAUCAACCCGCACCAAGUUCCCCAGCGUGGUCGUAACGGGACUCAGACCUUCAACUGUUUAUGUCUUCCACGUGCGAGGUCGCACUCCAGCCGGGUACACGGCUUACAGCCCAAACUUUGAGUUUACAACUGCAGCCGAGGAUCCUGAUGUUGCAGAUCAGGGACAAGUUCUGGUUGUUGUGACUGCAUCUGUGGGUGGAUUCUCUCUUUUGGUCAUCCUUACCCUCUUCCUCCUCAUCACUGGGCGAUGUCAGGGUUACAUCAAAGCCAGAAUGAAGUCGGAGGAGAAGAGGACUCGCUUCCACAGCGGCCACGUCCCGUUCUCUGGGAUUAAGACCUAUGUGGAUCCUGAUACGUAUGAAGAUCCCACUCAAGCCGUGGAAGAGUUUGCCAAAGAGAUAGACCCCUCAUGCAUCUGCAUCGACAGGGUGAUCGGGGCCGGUGAGUUUGGGGAGGUCUGCAGCGGCCGCUUGCGUAUACCUGGAAGGAAGGACAUUGCAGUAGCGAUAAAAACUCUGAAAGGUGGCUACAUGGAUCAGCAGAGACGCACGUUUUUGCGUGAGGCCUCGAUCAUCGGACAGUUCAGCAACUCCAACAUCAUCAGGCUGGAAGGAGUUGUCACCAGGAGCAGACCCGUAAUGAUAGUAGUGGAGUACAUGGAAAACGGAGGCCUUGACACAUUCCUCCGGACCCGUGAUGGCCAGUUCACGGUGCUGCAGCUGGUCGGGAUGCUGCAUGGCAUCGCAGUGGGGAUGACGUACCUUUCAGACAUGGGUUACGUUCACAGAGACCUGGCUGCUCGCAACAUUUUAGUGGAUGAGAACUUGGUGUGUAAGGUGUCAGAUUUUGGCAUGUCCCGAGUCCUUGAGGACGAUUCUGAAGCAGCGUACACAGCUACGGUGAGUGUGCAAAUGGUAGCAGGAUCAAAAAUAUGGAAUCAAACAAGUAAGAAUCACAACCCUUUAUUGUUUGUUAUUCCUUUGUAUCAGGGAGGAAAGAUACCAAUACGCUGGACAGCACCAGAAGCUAUUGCCUAUGGAAAGUUUUCCUCGGCCAGUGACGCCUGGAGCUACGGCAUUGUCAUGUGGGAGGUGAUGUCAUAUGGUGAAAGGCCCUACUGGGAAAUGUCCAAUCAAGAUGUUAUUUUAUCUAUUGAAGAAGGCUACCGUCUGCCAGCGCCAAUUGGCUGCCCGGUGAUUCUGCACCAGCUGAUGCUGCACUGCUGGCAAAAGGAGUACAGUCAACGCCCACACUUUAAUGACGUGCUCUCUUUCCUCGACAAACUCAUAAUUAACCCCAGCAGCAUGCUGGCUCUGGUCAACGAUGCCAUUAGCUUCCCCGACUCUCCAGAGGACAUGCCGGACUAUCCUCUGUUCAUCUCUAUUGGUGACUGGCUUGACUCCAUCAAAAUGAGCCAGUAUAAGAGCAACUUCCUGGCAGCAGGAUACACCACGCUGGAUUCUAUUUCAACCAUGAGUAUAGACGAUGUCAAACGCAUCGGAGUGUGUUUGAUUGGCCACCAGAGGAGAAUCAUCAGCAGCAUACAGUCUCUCCGACUGCAGCUUCACCACAUCCAGCAGAGCGGCUUUCAAGUGUGAGACCAUUUCACAAAGUCAAACUGUGUUUGCACACCGAGAUAGACUUCCUCUGCAUCAUCAUCCAAUUAAUUGCACAAACACCGGACUUUUGGGUGUUGCCAGUACCACAUCCUGCUCUUGUGAGGGCAGUCCUGCUGCUAGACCCACAUGUGGUCUAGUCAACACGCACAUAUCAUCAUAUGUAUCAUCCUACAGACAGCCUCCACAACAACCAACCUCUGUCAGCAUCGGCCAAACGCCGUCGUUUUAAUAUCUCAGCAAGUACUAGAAUUCACUUGAAUUUAGGAGCUCUUCUCUCUAGUGUCUAUUCAAGUGUUCACCAAUACCUCUUCUCUUUCCAAGUGACAAUCUAACAGUUUCUAUUGACUCUGAAGGGUAUUAAGUCUGUUACCUCGUGACCAGGGAAGAUGAUCAUGAUGCAUGGGAUAUCAUGCAGUUUAAUGUUUGACGCUGGUUUAUCAAACAGUUCACCAAAAAUCAAGAAUAAAACUGAUGAAUCAAAUUGUGUUUUUUGAUUUGCAGACCAGUGAAUGUCAAAAGAUUUUUUUAGAAAUGUAUGUUGUCUUCUCAUGAAGUCUUGUACAAGAAGUCUUGUGGAAGUUGUGUUUAAUUCAAUAAGUUUGUUCCUUAAUAAACAACUAUAUUUUAA